AGAAGCAUGCAGAAAUGUGAAAUUAUGCUGUACGAUCUUAUUGAUUCUAAGAGGACUAACGGCAAUAUUAAAGCAACCAUAACUCAGACAUCUCAAGCAGGUUCUGAGCUGGGCGAUAACGGGGUUUCCAUGGAUGUUUUUGAUGCAACAAUCAUCUCUUCAAAUUUCUGGCCCCAAAUCCAGGAUGAGUGCCCUAAUGUACCUGGACCUGUUGACCAACUACUAUCUGAUUAUGCAAAGAGGUUUAAUGAAAUCAAGACCCCUCGUAAACUGCUAUGGAAGAAAAGUCUUGGUACGGUCAAGGGAAUUCUUGCAGAAUCAUUUGGGGCGGACUCUGAAGACCACGUGUUUCCACUAAUGGAAGGUAUGGUUGACAGUGGUAAAAAGGGUGGUACGAAUGGAAGCAUCGAGGAUCUUAUAGUUGCUGAUGAAAAGGGGGAGAGCUCUGUAGCCUCUGUGGAGGAUCAACUGCACAAGGAAAUGACUGUGUAUGAGAAAUUUAUCUUGGGGAUGCUCACAAACUUUGGAAGCAUGGCAUUAGAUUGAACUCAUAAUACUCUCAAGAUGUUCUGCAUAACCGAUCCUCCUUAUGACAAAACUCUCCAACAGCUGCAAAGUUUCUUAACGGGUCUAGUUUCUGAAGAGAAGUUGGAACUAAGAGAUGGAAUGUAUUUUUUGAAAAAAUAGUCAACUAACAGAAUUAGGACCCUACUAAUUUUAGUAAAAAUUAUAAAGCUUGGCAAAAUGUAUUAUCCUCAUGUUACUCUUUUUCUUUUCUUUCUAAUUCGUUUGAGGGGAAAGGUGAGAGUUGAAGUACAACUCUUUAUGCCUUUCUUCGUGUUGUACGAGAUAUCAUGG